GCAUCAGUGCCGCACUUCUCACUGCCGGUCCGACGGCUCGGACUGCCCGGGGACUGCAGCGUCCGUCCCUGGAGGAGCCCAAAGAAAGGGAAAGAAAGGCACAACCACGGCCGCUCGACGUGUCCCUGUGCUGCCCAACCACGGCAGAGACUCCGCAAUGCGGCUGCUCCUGGUUGGGAAGACUGGAGGGGGGCGAAGCGCCACGGGGAACACCAUCCUGGGGCGACAAGUCUUCGAGUCCAAGCUGUCCACCACGCCGGUGACCCGCAGCUGCGAGACAGCAGUUGGGCGCUGGGAUGGAGAGGACAUCGUGGUGAUCGACACGGCCGACAUCUUCCAUUUGUGGGACGGCAGCAAUGAGGCGUGCAGGGAAAUCACCCGCUGCAUCGAGCUGUCCUCGCCCGGCCCCCACGUGCUGCUCUUGGUCACCCAGCUGGGCCGCUUCACCCAGGAGGACCAGGAGGCCAUGCAGGGCGUGCAGGACAUCUUCGAAGCCGGUGUGUUCAGGCACGUGGUUGUCGUGUUCACCCGGGGAGAAGAGCUGGUGGCGGGAUCGCUGCAUGACUACGUGACCUACACUGACAACACAGCCCUGCGCAGCCUGAUCCAGAGCUGCGGGCAUCGGUACUGCAGCAUCAACAACCGGGCCACCGGGGCAGAGCGGGACCAGCAGGUCCAGCAGCUGAUGGAGAAGGUCCGCCAAACCUUGCAGCAGAAUGGGGGCAGGUUCUACAGCAACCAGCUGUACCAGGUUCCCUUUUUAACAGAAGAGAAAGUGAGGCAUCACAUGGACAGAGCAUCCAGACCGUGGGCUGCACUGUUCAACUCUCUGUCGUACAGGGCAGUCCUUACAAAAUGUGGGAUAACUAUCACUGUCAUCGCUCUGAUUUUCAUUGGUUUCCUUAUUUGGUGGAAGAGAUGAAUGGCUGAAUCCCAUAAUCCCACAGUCCCCCAGUAUCAGAAUCCCAGAACCCCGCAGUGCCUGGGGCAGCAGGCACUGCUCCAUUCCCACCCAUUGCCAUCCCCCAGCGCCCGCUGCCCAGGGCCGUGUCCCUUUAGCUGUUGAACCUCUCCAGGGACAGAGAGCCCACUAUGACACAGUGCAGCUGGUGCGGUGCUCACCCACCCACACAGCACCCCAAGAGCCUUCACAGUGUCCCCAGCUGGAGGGGACCCACAAAGACCAUCAAGUCUAUUCAUAGCUCCACACAGCACCACCCAAACACCAACCCUGUGUCUGAGAGCGGUGUCCCAAUGUUCCAUGAGCAGCUCAGGGCUGUGCCCGCUGCCCUGGGGAGCUGCUCCAUGCCCACCGACCUCUGGGCACAGCCUUUCCCUCACCCCCACCCAACCCUCCCCUGACAGCUCCAUGCUGCUCCCAGGGGUGCUGUCAAUGUCACCAGAGAGCAGAGCUCAGCGUGGCCCCUCCACUCCCUGUGAGGAUCUGUAGGGCCAUGAGGGACUGUAGGGCCAUGAAUUGUCAACAAGAAGUGAAGGCAAAGAGUCCUGUAAGUGUCUGUCGGGCUCCUUGUGGGCUAAUUGCAUACUAAAGCCAACACCCAUUGCUGCAGAAAGAUAAUUAGACUGAGGCAGCCGCUAUCUGCUCCCACGUGCAGUCUUGGAGCCCCCUGCAUGCCUGCCCAGCAAGGAUGUAUCAGAAUACCCAAUUAGAGGCUGUAUAGAGAUGUAGUUUUGUAAACAGCCAUGUGAAGAUAAGUGCACUUCUGUUUGGGGCUGUGCUUGCUUUGGGAAGGAUGGCCAAGCACCUGAUGGUGCACAGAAAUAAAGCAGAGACUUCUGUCUGCA